AUGUCUCAUCUUCAGCCUAUUGAUCAAGAAAUUGGUUAUAGCCUCAAGCAUAUCUAUGAAGUAGAUUUCAUUGCACAAUAUCAAUGUAUUUUGUAUCAAAAUCGUCUUAAAGCUUAUAAUACAAUUACCAAAAACAAUUCAGUUCUACCUGAUAUUACACUAUAUAAUGCAAUUAACUUUGUGGCUCAAGUAUGGAAAAAUGUUACUGCAGGUACAAUUAUUCGUAGUUGGGAUAGAGCUGGUAUACUUCCUUCUAUUACCUCUAUGUCUGAAGAAACCAGAUUAGAUAUGCUCUUGUUUAAAGAAACUGAAUUAAAUAUGUCUAUGCCUGAAAAAACUGAAUUGGAAGAAGAAAUUAUAGAUCUUAUUUAA